CCCACGCGUCUUAUUCAAAUAUAUUAUGUGUAAAUUCCAAUAGUGCUCAGUACGUCAUGAUGAGCCUCCACCCCGCCUCUAACCCCAGUCAUCUCACGCUAACUAUCAUCUUUGUCAAGGCACAAGAGCAGUCUACAGCUAUCCAUCCCGGAACAUAAACGUAAUUUAAAUGAUGAUCUGCUAUAUUUUUGGAUAUAGAUAAGUGUAACCUGUAACAGCAAAAUGAAACUAUGUGGAUUUCGAGGUUCCCUGAGUUGUAUUUUCUGCUUGAAUAUUAUUCCAGCCUGUUGGAGUGCUCAUGGGAAGUAUGCCCAGAAGCUGCUGAAUGAUUUGUUUACUAACUACACCAGUGCCCUGAGACCAGUAGAGGAAACAGAAAACAUCCUCAAUGUGACCCUGCAGAUCACCCUCUCACAGAUAAUUGACAUGGAUGAACGUAACCAGAUCUUGACAGCAUAUCUGUGGAUACGACAGGUGUGGGUAGACUCAUACCUCACCUGGAGUAAAGAUGAUUAUGAUGGACUUGAUACCAUCCGUAUACCUAGUAGUUAUAUAUGGAGACCUGAUAUAGUCUUAUAUAACAAGUAGGUUGGACUGGUAUUGGGUUCAUCAAAGAGCUCUGUUGCUCCCACAAUCCAUUCCACACAUCAACGUUGUUGUCAGUGUGAAGGCACAAGCGGAACACUCCUUGAAGACAUUUAUUCAAGGGAGUGUUCUGGUCGUUUUCUGCUUUUUAUACACUACUGUAUGUACUGGGAAUCUGGGAAGUAACUGGCGGCUGGUAGCCUAGCGGUUAGAGUGUUCAGCCAAUAACUGAAAGGUCACUAGUUUGAAUACCCGAGCCGAAAAGUUGAAAAAUCUGUCGAUAUGCCCUUGAGCAAAGCACUUAACACAAAUCUGCUCCAGUAGUGCUGUACUAUUGUUGCUGAGCCUGUAAAACAACACAUUUCACUGCACCUAUGUGACAAUAAAACAUCAAGGUUAUAAAAUGCAAAAACAAAGUGGAGGCAAUCCACAAAAGAGCUAUCUCUUUUCAUAACGGGUCCACUCUUCUUCCAUUGAUUUUCUUGUGCCUUUGGCUAGUCCUGCUAGUCAUGCCUGGUUGGUCCUGGUAGUUAUGCCUGGUUGGUCCUGCUAGUCAUGCCUGGUUGGUCCUGCUAGUCAUGCCUGGUUGGUCCUGCUAGUCAUGCCUGGUUGGUCCUGGUAGUUAUGCCUGGUUGGUCCUGGUAGUUAUGCCUGGUUGGUCCUGCUAGUCAUGCCUGGUUGGUCCUGCUAGUCAUGCCUGGUUGGUCCUGGUAGUUAUGCCUGGUUGGUCCUGGUAGUUAUGCCUGGUUGGUCCUGCUAGUCAUGCCUGGUUGGUCCUUCUUCCCGUUUGAUGUCCAGCAGUGCAGAUUCACCUACGGCUCCUGGACCUACAACGGUAACCAGAUGGACCUCCAGAAUGCCAUGGAACACGCCGACCUGGCUGACGUGGUAGAGAAUGUGGAAUGGGAGGUGCUGGGGAUGCCUGCCAAGAGGAACAUAAUUCUGUAUGGCUGCUGUGCUGAACCUUACCCUGAUGUGACCUACACUCUCCAACUAAAGAGGAAGGCUUCCUUCUACGUGUUCAACCUGCUCAUCCCGUGUGUGAUGAUCUCCUUCCUGGCUCCGCUGGGCUUCUACCUGCCGGCUGACUCUGGGGAGAAGGUGUCCCUGGGCAUCACCGUCAUGCUGGCUCUCACCGUGUUUCAGCUGCUGGUCGCUGAAACCAUGCCUCCAUCAGAGAACGUGCCACUUAUUGGAAAGUACUACAUAGCCACCAUGACCAUGAUAACAGCCUCCACGGCCCUGACCAUCUUUAUCACGAACAUCCACCACUGUGGCCCAGACGCCAAGCCUGUGCCCAAGUGGGCCAAGAUCUUCAUUCUGCAGUACAUGGCCAGGGUGUGCUUUGUAUAUGAAGUAGGGGAGAACUGCAUGUUUUUCCAGCCUGAGAAACAGGACCCGCCACCUCAACCUACCUCUCAGAGGUGCAACAACUACACCAUGAACGGACAAGCGGUCCAAGAAGACUUGAUUCUGAAGGUGGAAAGAGGUCAAGACGGCAUGACCCAGAAGAUAAUUGAGGAGACAGAAGAUCAGUUGAUAAGCCCCACCGGCUCCUUGGGGAGGAACCCCACCAACCACUACAGUGCCUGGAGAAACGGCAUGUUCAUGGACUGUGGGGACUCACCAGGGCUGGCUGCAGCCAGGAGGAGCCGGAAUGGUGGAGUAGGAGAGAGUACAGGGAGAGAGGAGGUGUGUAAGACCCAGUGCACCUGUCAGCAACAGCAGCUCCUCCGAAAUAUUGAGUACAUUGCCAACUGUUAUAGAGAUACGAGGGCCACAGCGAAAAGGACUGGGGAGUGGAAGAAGGUGGCGAAGGUGUUGGACCGAUUCUUCAUGUGGAUCUUUUUCAUCAUGGUGUUUUCCAUGAGCCUGCUCAUCAUGGGGAAAGCCAUCUAACUUCAUACCUGGGCUGUGUUCAUUAGGUACAAAACAGGAGAAAACAUGUUGAAGUGAAGGAAGUAUUACCUGAAAUGGUGUAUCAAAAUGUUUUCGGUUUUACACUUAUUGAGGAUAACCAAAAUGAGAGAACAGGCAACAUGUGCAAUACGUUUGUAGUGAUCAGUUUCCACUUUUCACCUCACACUUUUUUAUACAUUAAGGCCUAAUCUGAACACAAGGAUCAAUUGAAUCAAUUGAAUUUAAUUGUUUGAUAUUCCAAAUGUGUGUUUGUUACCUACAUAUGUUGUUAUUGUUUACUUUUACAGUUUAGUUGUCAUACAGAUGUAGGAUCUUAAUUUGAGCCAGUUUGCUACAGCAGGAAAAUAAUCCUGCUGCAGUAACAGGAAUGUGAAUGAUUAUGUGGAAUAUAAUUCAUGGACAUUUUUGUAGGGGUUGAUACAUUUUUCGUAAGAGAAAAUCAAGUCUGAAAUUUCAAAGUGGAAAUUACAAACUUAAGAAGCCUUUUUAAACCUCACAUAAACUACACAUUUUAAAUUUCCUGCAGUUCUCCUGCAAAAGGUUGAUCAAAUUAAGAUCCUACAUCUCUACAUGUGGUGUGUGUAAGAUCAUUAUUUGUAGUUUCUAGCAUUAAUUUAAAAGUGAACAUGGGAAUUGCAAUACCUUAAAUUACCAUUCAGGGAUGGUAAAACAGAAAUUAAUAGUUGAUUUAAGCUUUUUGGGUUAAUUUAUCAACAUUUAAUAACACAUGAAAAUCAAUUAUGUUUGUGACAUUUCAAAACACUUAAAUAAUCAAUUACAGCAUCACAAUAUCCAGUGCUUAAUUUGUAAAUCGGGAGGUUCCAGAACAAAAAGUGAGAGCGACAUGGGGAGUUCUAAGGUACCAGAACGAAUGAGAAAAAAAAUCACCCUUAUAAUAUAGCAUUGCAUGCAUACUAUCGCAUGUGCGUAGUGACAUAGAGCAGUAGAGUAGAGGCACUUACAAAAGUUGCACACAUCGGGAAAAUAAUUUGUAGACUAGGGUCUGGGAAAAAAUGUGGCCUUUUAUAAACGCAUUUCAUGCAAUUCUACGUCAUUUUGCAUGACUGGAGACUGGCAUAAUCUUUGACAUUGACAAACUGAGAAUAUGAGAUCAAUGAAAACGACCUUGUCUUGAAUCCAUCAACAUGCCUAGGAAAUUCCUAAAAAUGCUUUCCAGUUUCACUGACUCAACCAAUGAUGCGCUCAUGCCAAAAAGCCUCGCUCUCUCUCUUUGGUAAAACAAUAUUUGGAUGUUGAUCAAAUAUUUUGCUUGCCUACAGCAUAGUCUUCACUUUUCAGCAGGAGCCAAUUGCUUUCCAACCUGUGCUUCCCCUCGACUGUAUUUGAAAUAUUGCGAAAAAACGGUUUUGUCUGCAUGCUGUUUUUUCACGGACAGAUUUGCCGCGCGUUACCUACUGUAGGUUAUUCGUUAUUACUGGGCUACAAUCCACAGCUAGGCUAUUUAAAAAAAUAAGCUAUUGAUCCUUGAUGGCUAGAUUAUAGGCCUUCUCGUGGUGUAGUAGGCUAUUCUGAAUGAUUUCAUUAACAGACAGCAGUAAUUCUAUAAUUUUAGCAAAUGUAUUUAUCAGGGGUGCUGCAGUUCCUUCAGAACUGGUUCUAUCAGGAAAAAAUGAUAAAGUGCAUGAGAGAUGAGAGUUGCAGGCUCAUGUCUAUCAGAGCAGAGAUGGAGAGAGAUCGUAGAAAGUUCAUCUAAUUCUAGUUAUGUGAGAGAUAGAGGCGCGCUUCUCACACAGGCACGGCCAAGCGUUGGUCUCAAACAUCCGUUACAAUGUGGCGCAAACCAUAAACCCUGGCCGGCCCGACCCGACCCGAAACUACUCUUAGAAUAUUAGGCCCGGGAUGAAAAUCUACUAUUUCACAUAGCAUUUUUGGGGGGACAGGAGUAUUUACGAAGAGACAAUUCGUAUGAACUUUGACCGCUUUUAUUAUAAUUUUUACAUUGAAAAAAGUGGCAAUUAUUUUUCAUGCCAUGAGAGGUACCGGAUACGGCCAAAUAGGUACCGGAACAAAACAGUCCAAAACGGAGAGGUGCUGGAUCCUGUUCUGGCAGGAUUCGGCUGAAAUGAAGCACUGACAAUAUCUCAUCAUACCAUCAUUUAGUGUGUGUCUGAUAUAUUAAAAGUGGCAAUUCAACUUUAACAUGCAAGUGAUAUUGUUAAGAGAAACAAAGAUUAGCACUUUAAUUAUUAGCUGUUAUGUAAACCAGUCUUUAUUGUCCGUUUAUGGUGGAUUGAACUGUAUGUGUAGAUCCUGAACUGUACAUCAUAUGCGUUGCUUUGAUGUGCCAACUUGUAUUCCCUACUGAUCUCACCUCUCUCCACAGAGAAAUAUUUAAUUAGAUCUGCUCAGACAUCCAGCAAGUCUCCUGACAAAUUACUGCAUUUUGUAUAGCUGAAUAUUGUAAUUGACUGUUUAUCCCCACAACGGUUCGAAAGUGUCCCUGUUGUACACCAUCAGAGUCGCCCUUACCAGAACAGAGCUUUCUCAGCGCAGCCUUUGUCUCUUUGUUUCUUAAACUAUAGAUGAUGGGAUUCGUAACAGGAGUCAGGAAGCAGUUAACAAUAGAUAUCAAGAUUAUAACUUCACAGUGAACGUUUUCAGAUUUGGCACUGAUGUAGACGCAGGGGUGAGCGAGGUAGAAGGUGAGGAUGACAGUGAGAUGUGCGAGCAGGUAGAGAAGGCUUUCAUACGGCCCUCUGAAGAUGCAAUCUUGCAGACGGCUACAAUGAUGCUGAAGUAGGACCAAAUAAUGACAGUGAACGGGAAAUAGAUCGCUAUUAAAGCUCACACAAGAGCCACGUCUAUCAAAAAGGUUGUGUCCGAACAGGACAGUGAAACUACAGGAGGAAGGUCACAGAACCAAAAAUGUAUUUUGUUGCUACAGAAGGGCAAUUGUGCUGCGAAAAUGACACAGAAGACAGGUAAACGGAGUCCUGAUGCCCAUGCCGCUGUAGUCAACAGACCGCACAGUCUCUUACGCUUCGAUCACACCGACUGUGUUUUGCGUUUUGAUACACCAGAAUGACAUUAAUUUCCAAUGGAACGCUGCGUUUGCCUUACAGCAUUGUGUUGCAGAGGCAGUUGCAGUGCGUUCUGUGUGGUGCAUACGUUCGAUUUAUCGAUUUAUCGAACGUAUGCAUCAAAUUCUAUGCGUAGACUUGACAGAACGUAGCAAAAUAUGAAUGUUGAAUUUUUGUUGCACACAUAUCCAGUAAAAAAAAUUGGGAUUACAUAAUAAAA